AUGAAAUCUGUAGCAGAUAACUUUUCAAAACCAGGGAUAAGCUUAAGUCCAAAUCCUUGUAACGGGUUCGUCUGCAAACACAAGCGUCACAGAUGUGUAGUAAAAGACAACAAACCUUUCUGUGAGUGCGACAAAGCCUGCACCCGAGAGUACGACCCUUACUGUGCCUCUGGUGGCGUUACUUACUCCAACAAAUGUGUCCUGGAGACGUCCGAGUGUGAAAGUGGUAAAAACUUGGACAUUUUACACCCAGGAGAAUGUAAAGCAUGUGAUCUUACCCCCGAGCCAGGGCCUUGCAAGGCUUACAUGCCGAGUUACUUCUUUAAUGCCACAUCCAAAGCGUGCGAGGAAUUUAUAUAUGGAGGCUGUAAAGGAAAUGAUAACCGCUUUGCUACCAUUGAUGACUGUGAGAAUAAAUGCAAAGCCGAGAAACCAAAAUCCGACGAUCCGUGCCAGUUGAUAAAUUGCGAUUUCCAUGGAGUUUGUCGAGUGAAUGACAAUGGUGAUGCAGUGUGUGAAUGUAACACUGCUUGUCCUUUCAUUUAUGAUCCUGUUUGCGGAUCAGAUGGGAAGAACUACUCCAAUGAAUGUGUGUUGAAGUCACAGGCUUGCGUCAACCACACAGUGAUCACAGUUGUUGGUGGCCCUGCGAAGUGUUCAUCAAGAAGGAGGAAAUGCCAAACUUGCCCUGCGCGUUCAAGCCUCUUUGCCCACUUUUGUGAAAACGACUUUGUGAUCAAGGGCACGUUUGAGAAGAUCGAAAACGAACCAGAUUCUGAUGUGUCUUCCUUGAUGGUACGAGUGACUGGGGUUUAUAAGGGCUCUGAUUCGUCACAGAAUAAACUUAUCAGGAUCUCUUUCGCUGAGGACUUAAACAGUUGCUUUUGCAAAGAACUUGGAUUGAGUAAAACAGUUGUCAUAGCAGGGACCGUGACAGAUGAUGGAGACUAUCUGCUGGACGAAUCAAGCUACGUGCGUCACGCCAGCAAACGCUUGUUGAAGAAAGUUCAGGAGCGCACAAAGCAGGACAGAUGCAGAAAGAUGAAGAAACAAGAGUAGUCAUGGCUGUGUGACAAGUCUCCUUUGUAGCUGGUUUUAGAAAUGCCCCACAACGCCCCGCGCGUUACGUGACAUCCUGAGACAGUUGCGAAGGAGACCUAGCCAUGAUAGAAACCAAGAGAACCAGUAAAUCAGAAUGAAACUUGACAUGAGUUAGAGUAGAAAUGUGAUACUCCCGGAUAAAUUUCAGCGAUUUACGUAGUGAUACUCUUUGUGGAAAAAUAUUGAUGUUUGAUCGCAAGUAAAGCAUUCUAGUUUUUAGCAUUUUUUUGUGAUCGUUUGGUAGGAAAGGAAUUUUUUUUUAGAAACGUCAAUUACUUGUGAUUUUUAAGAAAUAUUUUUGUAUUUUUGUUGCUGUAGUUUACCUGCAUUUCAACUGGACUGACAUCUUGUCUUGAACGUGUCAUUGCGGUAGAACUCUUCCAUACACUGCAAAGUAUUCUAGCUCAAAUGGUGCAGUUUCCAAAUAUGGAAUUGUCAUGGCAUUAAUUCGAUAGAUCUAUAUCUUUUUUGUGUUUAAGUGUGCGUGUGUGUGUGUGAAAGUGUGCGUGUGUGUGUGUGUGUGUGCGCGUGCAUAUACAUAUGUGUGCGUUUGUAGUGUCCGUUUGUAAACAAGGGGGAGAUGACAAGUAGCAAUUGUUUCCCGGGCUUGUCCUCGUUUAUUCGAUCGGCCGUGUUUUAUUUAGAAUCGCAUCACUUAGUAAAAUCUCGCCUUCUGAUUGGA